AUGUUCGCUUCCCGAGCCAUUCGAAUGAUGUCCAUGCGGCCCAUGGCCCGAACCAUGGCCACCAAGGCCGCCGCCCCUGUCAAGGUCCCCGUCCAGCUCUUCGGCCUCGACGGUACUUACGCUACUGCUCUGUACACCGCCGCCGCCAAGGAGUCUGACCUCUCCAAGACUGAGGGCUCUCUCGCCAAGCUGCGGGACGUGUUCGCUCAGCAGCCCGAGGUUGCCCAGAUUGUCUCUAACCCCACCCUCUCUCACGAGGACAAGCAGACUGUCGUCAACGUCCUGUCCCAGGCCGUUGGUGGAGACAAGACUCUCACCAACUUCCUGACCGUCAUCUCCGACAACAACCGACUGGCUCUCAUCCCCGGUAUCAUUGAGAAGUUCGAGACUCUCGUCAACGCAUCCAAGGGUCUCGUUGAGGCCACCGUCACCUCUGCCUCCGAGCUCGACAAGAAGACCGUCAACCGAAUCCAGGCCGCCAUUGCUGGCUCUUCUUUCGUUGGUGAGGGUGAGCUCAAGCUCAACCUCAAGGUUAACCCCGAUAUCCUCGGUGGUCUCAUUGUCGAGGUUGCUGAGCGAACCGUUGACGUCUCUGUCGCCUCCAAGAUUGCUCGACUCAACCACGUCCUUAGCGAGCCCAUCUAA